GCAUAAUAUGAAGUUGACCUUAAGCAUCAAAAUAGAUAACAAGCUCAUAGUAAUUUAAAUCAUGAAUGAGGAUCGCAGAAGAAAUAAAUACUACAUUUAUAUGUUAUAUUGUAUAUAAAAUACAAUAAACAUAUAACAUUAUAUAUACAUUAGAAGUUAUUACGUAUAACAUACUUUAUACACGUAUUAUAAUGCAUAAUGUAUAUAAUUAUAGUAAUGUCUAUUUGUAACGCUCGACUCGUUUUGUAGGUGGGCCGGAUCGGGUCCAGACCCGGACCCGAAUCCAGUAGCGUGGGAGCCCGAUGUCGCCUCUUCUCCCUCGUCUCCCUUGUUUCCCUUCUUCAUCUCUCCCUUUGCUAUGACCACAACGCAGAGAAGAGGAAGACGGAGGUCGGUGCAGCGGCGAUGGAAGUGGACGACGGCGGCGGCAGCGGCGCUCAAGUGAGCCAUCGGUCUCUCUCUCUGUCUCUUCCUCUCCCUCCCGUGUUGUUUCUCUUUUCGGCCAGCUCUCUCUCCCGCACUCUCUCUCUGUCCAUGCUCUCUUUGCUUGCCCUCUCUCUAUGCACGCCCUCUUCCUCCCACGCAUCCUUGCACUCUCCCCUCUCUGUCAGCACCCUCUGCCCAUGCUUUUCCCUCUCUCACAGCCCCUUUUUCAACUACUAUGGGCCUCUUCUAACGACGGACACCUCUCUCUUAAACCUCCUUUUUGCCGAUUUUUGAUUCUCUUAUCGUUGUUUGAUCGGGUUUCAGCUUGGGGAUGUGUUCUUCCCCCUCAUAACAGCGGCUAGAAUGCGUUGGUGUGGCUGCAUUGCGGGAUUUUAGCCGUUUGAGGACCUCAACUAAGGAAAACAAGUACAUCGGGCACGUCAAGUAGGCCUUGAGCAAUGUGGGUCGUAGUUCAAGGUGUUUAGUGGACGCGCGACAGGUAGUAAAUGAUGAUGAUAUGUAUUUAUGGAGAGAAUUAGAAUAUGUUCCUGGCCAACAUCUGUUUUGGUUGGGCCUAGUGGCAAAAUUUUGUUUCAAAUUUUUGGAGAAGGUCAUCGAAAGGGGUGUGAUGGUUCCAUUAUGUUGGAUGACACCGCUACGUUCACUGGAGAGAAGAAUGCAGCCCCCAACAGGAAUUCUACCAGAGGAUUUGAAGUGAUAGAUGCAAUCAAGGCUGCUGUGGAGCAGAUCUGCCCGGGGGUUGUGUCAUGUGCCGAUAUCUUGGCCAUAAGUGCCAGAGACUCUGUUGUUGCUUUGGGUGGGCCUAGCUGGGAUGUCAAGGUUGGAAGAAGAGAUGCCUGGACUGCCAGCCAAGCUGCUGCUAAUACUAGCAUCCCUGCUCCCACCUUCGAUCUUAAUCGUCUCGUUUCCAGCUUCCAAGCUCAAGGACUCUCUGUCAAAGACUUAGUUGCACUGUCAGGGGCUCACACGAUUGGCCAGGCAAGGUGCACCAACUUCAGGGCUCGCAUAUACAAUGAGACCAACAUAGAUGGCUUCUUUGCAAGGACUAGACAGGCGGGAUGCCCCAGGACAUCAGGAGCAGGGGACAACAACUUGGCACCCCUUGAUAUACAGACGCCUACCUCCUUCGACAACAGCUACUUUCAGGACCUUAUCAGUAUGAGGGGACUCCUCCAUUCCGACCAGCAGCUCUUCAAUGGUGGAUCCACGGAUUCACUGGUCACGUCUUACAGCCAGAGCAGCAGCACCUUCAAUGCCGACUUUGUUGCGGCGAUGAUCAGAAUGGGAGACAUCAAGCCCCUUACUGGGUCCAACGGCGAAAUCAGGAAGAACUGCAGGAGGAUCAACUAAGAAGGCUUGGGUUCGAUUAUCGAUUGUAGAUUAAUACUUUGAUUCUGAUUAUGCGCCCCAGAGCUUUUACAAUAGCAAGAUAUUAUACGUGUGUUUCCUUUUGGAGGCAAACUAUGUUGUUUUGCCGUGUUUGUCAUUUCUUACUGUUUAGUGAGCCAAUCACCAAAAAACCUUUUUAUGCUUUCCCUCAUGAGGGUAUAUCGUCACCACCUGUAAUGGAUUUAUCGUAGGCAGAAUCUCCUUGAUCUUUUUUGUU